AUGCGAGGAGGGUUGACGGGUGCGAAGAAUGUUAUUGAACUAGCGCAAUGCAACAGGAAGUGCCAAGGAAGGAGAGGCGCUAAGGUGAGCAUGGGCACGAACCCCAUUGGUAGGCGACGUGCACAGGCGCCCUUGGUAGGCUCUGAGGUGAGCACACAUCAAGGUGCCCUAGGCAAGCGUGGCACCGACAUGAGCACGGGCGCGGGUCCCAUUGGUAGGCAUGGUGCACAGGCGCCUUUGGUAGGCGAAGUGAGGGUUGCACGGAGCGGGCACCCUUGGGAGAUGAGGCGCCGAG